ACUUUCUCGCACAAGUUAUUCAGUGUAUUAUACAGCAUCGGCGUCGAGAUGGCAGACACAGAGACGAAGGAAACCAAAAUUGUAAGCACGCCUGAAAAGAAGGUGGUGGAGGAAGAGAAAAAGGAAGUAUCUGUUAAGGAGUCGCCGGUGAAGGAAGUGGCACCGGUAAAAGAGGCAGAAGCCGAAGCUGAGGAGGAAAUAGACGAGGACUCGAAGGCUUCGGAAAAUGGCAACGGCAACGGCAAUGACAACGCCAAUGGCACCGGUAACGGCAAAGAGGCUAAAGAGAAUGGGUCCAGCGAAGAAAAGGAGACCGACGAAAAGGAGGCCGAGUCUACCAACGGUGACUCCUUAGACGCAGCCCCUGAAUGUGUUUACAUAAAGAGGAAAUCGACGGGUGCAGAUGUCACCGACGAUGUGAAAGACGUCGCAUCGCCACCGAAGAAAGCGAAAUUGGAGGAAAAACCCGUGGCGGCAGCGGCGGCAGCGGUCGAGGCGGAGACAAACGGUGAUGCAUAAUUUGCAAGAAAUCGCGCGAUCCAUUUUUAGACCUAACCUCCUUAGACACAGAUUUUCACAUCGUCUGAAUGAAAAGUAAAAAACAAACGAUUUAAAUUUUUGGAACAAAAAAAAAAUCAAGCAAAAGAACGGAUAUGUUAUAUUAAAUGAACAAAUCUAAAAUUCCGGAUAAUGAUGGUGCGAUGUUCUAAUUUCACCGGUAUUACAGCUACCAUCACCAUACAUGUACAACCAUAAUCACUUUUGCAUAAUAAAUAAAAGUAAUAUUAUUGUAAUAAGAAUCAAGGUACACAAAGACACAUGUGCGAAAGAAAUAGAGAAAUCUUAUGUAUUGUAAUCAUCUAAUUAUUGUGUAUAUUAUUGGGAAAUGGUAAGAAGCAAAUUAAUGGCAUAAUAAGCGUGAAAAAGCAUGUAAAAACAAGAGUAUGAAGUGUAGCCACUAUUUAAAAGUCUCCAUCUUCAUUCCCAAUUACUUAACUUUCUUUGCGUCGUAUCUCAUUCACACAAUUCACAAUGACACGUGCAUAAAACACGUGUGAAAAAUCUGCGGAUGAAGUUUUAACAUUGCUGCUGAAUCAUUUUACCGGAAAACAAUGUAGAUUUAAAAUGGAAGCAAUUAAUUACUACUGACAUCUCAAAACAUUUGAACGUAACUUAUAUUUUAUUUUAUUUUUACUCAUUUUUGAAUCAUAUGGACACUAUAUGUGUGUAUAUUGUGAACGUUCAAAAGAGACUCGAAAGCGAGUCGAAUCGACGAGUAAGGCUCUCGAACGACUUAUAUGAUAAUUUUUUUCCUACUUUAGUUUUCGUUCUCUUUAAUUUUUCCUAUAUAAGUGGCGCUUAAUCGUCGCUUGACAUGUUAAUCCGAGUGAAAUCAAGAGUUUUUAUUUUCUGUAAGUCGCUUUAUAUUGAAAUACAUUCCACCCGAUAUUGUGAAUCUGGUUAAUAAUUGUACGAGAGGCUUUGAGAAAUCAAAGUGAGCAUUUUCGCGUUGUCAAUUUAAAAAAAAAAAAAAUUAUAUAGUGGAUGCGUAACAUAAUAUGAAGUCACUGUAUUACCGUAAAGGUGAAAAUCUGUAUGUUACGAUAUAUUAUGUAAAACAUGGCAGUGCGAAGCCUCUUGUCCAGUGGAAGAAAAAUUAAACAUGUACAGCGGCGAUUAAAAAAUAAAUAAUUGUCAAUCAAAACAGAAGGACAACACUGCAACAUUUGUAAUUUUUACUUAUAUUGAUUUUUUUAAUUUAAUUACAUAAUGAACUUUA